CAUUUGUAUAUUUCUAUAAGACUCUAGGGUUAGGCCAAGGAUUUGAUGAGUUGUAUCCAAUUGUCGAGUAAGAGAUAGUUUUCUUUGUUGAUAGAUGGCUGAUAGCAUAGGAAGUAGCCCGGACUCAGAGACUCAUCAGAUUAACUAUAGAGUCACCGGAGCCUCCUCCGGCACCAUCUUUAGUGAAGGAAGCGUCAAGGAGCAAGACCGGUUGCUUCCGAUCGCUAUUGUUGGGAGGAUCAUGAAGCAAAUCCUACCACCAAAUGCAAAGAUCUCCAAGGAAGCCAAGGAGACGAUGCAAGAGUGCGUAUCGGAGUUCAUUAGCUUUGUCGCCGGUGAAGCAUCGGAUAAGUGCCAUAAGGAGAAGAGAAAGACACUCAACGGAGACGAUAUUUGUUGGGCUCUUGGCUCUCUUGGCUUUGAUGACUAUUGUGAACCUAUGAAAAGGUUUCUUCAGAAGUAUAGAGAGUCAGAAGGUGAUAGAGCUGCCCCUGGAGGUCACAACAAGGCUACUGCUAGCUCAGAUUCUCGAGACGAUAUCGGAAAUCAAGCUCAGAUGCAAUCUCAUGGUUCCUUUUUCUAAAUACAUCAAGCUGAUUUGGAGACCAAAUUAUUGAAGGAUGAUGGUUCAAAAAUUAGUGUGGCACUGAUACUGAUCAAGCAAGAUUAUGAUUAUGGUAUAAGGUCAGGAAAUCUUCUGUUUCUGCUUGUGUGCUUUGUGUUGGUUCUUGAAUCUUUGCAUUUUAUUUUUCAUGUUGAUUUCUAAUAGACAUUGUUGAAAAAAAAAUAUAUGGAUAAUUUCCAGAGUUCUAACCUUUGUGCUUCAUCAUAAUUCAUCUGAUUGUAAGUUUUAUGGCCUUUAAUUUUAUA